AUGAAAGCCACUUAUUCACUCGUUGCGGCAGUACUUGUGAGCCUGUCGCAAGCAAUCCAGCUCACGGAUAAAUCAUAUUCUCCUUGUCAUGAAGCAAAUCAGUUGAAAUCUAUCAACAUCACGCCCUGUGAUAAAGAACCUUGUACCUUCACUAAGGGAACAUCAGUGGACAUUGUCAUGACGGGAACGAGCAAUCAAGAAGUUGACCAAGUCAACCUCAGUAUGGACGUCCUGUUAGGUCAAUGGGUUCCAAUUCUGGAUGAAGCUGUUUGUGGGACUAGCAUUGAAUGUCCCGUGCAGGCAUCCAGCGAAUGGAGUAUGAAGUACACCUAUGAGGUUGACAACAGACUUCCUGAUGGAGAAACCAACACGAGAUGGAAGCUUGUUGGGAAUAGUGGUAGCGAUGAAGUUGCUUGUGCGUAUAUUCAGUUGGAGGUUGUUUAA